AAACAUAGCAUAAUGCUUACUGGCUACCGGUUAUUAGCGGACUCGUUCCACGCAUUUGCGCUUCUCUAUUUGCUGUUCAACAUUUGGCGCACCAAGUCCUGCUUUGGCGUGUCGGGGAAAACGCAGAUCCUUUACGUUACUGUGUUUGCGACGCGUUAUGCCGAUCUCGUUACGUUCCCCGAAACCUACAGUGUGUACAAUGUGCUGAUGAAAACGCUCUUCAUCAGCGUAACACUCAUUACUGUGCUGGUAAUGCACAGCUUCUAUCGAAAAACUUACGAUCGGGAAAAUGACACCUUCUACAACGAGGUGCUCAUUUUGCCAUGCUUCGUGACCGCUCUGUUCGUGAAUUAUCGCAUGGAAGCGUUUGAAAUAUUGUGGUCGUUUUCCAUCUUUCUCGAAGCGGUUGCCAUACUGCCCCAGAUGGAUUUAAUCUGCAAAACGUUCCAUGUGGAGCCAUGGUUCAAGUGUUAUCUGCUACUGCUUGGCUCGUACCGUGCACUCUACGUACUCCAUUGGAUCGAUCGGUAUAGUCAGUAUGGGCUAUACGAUCCACUAGCAUUUAUAGCGGGGGGCGUUCAAACGGUGCUGUUUGUUCUGCUUGCUCUAAGAAUUGCCACAUUAAAGCAUCGAGAACGCAUCGUAACGGUCAGUACGAUAUGUUAG